AACCUAUCUAAAAACCAAACCUUCAUAUAUCGUUCUCUAUAAUUUUUGCUGCCGACGACGUUCGUAUUCUCCAUAUCGAUCGCACGACUGCUGCGUCUUCUCCAUCUCUUGCGCCUAUAAGUGAGUCUCCCUCUGGAAAAUGUCCCAGACUUAGUUUAACAACACAAAAUCAUAGAUUGAUGCAAACUUCAUUGAUUUUGCCAUGGUGGAACGUGGUUUUGCACAUUGUUGUAGUCCUUUUGCUAACGAUGGAACCUCUACUCAUCUGAACUUAUAUCAACACAGGCAAUAUGCAGGCUAGUGACAGGUUUAAUAUCAAUUCCCAACUUGAGCAUCUGCAAGCUAAGUAUGUGGGAACAGGGCAUGCAGACAUGAACAGAUUUGAAUGGGCUGUUAAUAUCCAAAGAGACAGCUAUGCAUCAUAUGUAGGGCAUUAUCCAAUGCUUGGAUACUUUGCAAUAGCAGAAAAUGAAUCAAUUGGAAGAGAACGCUACAAUUUUAUGCAGAAAAUGUUGUUGCCAUGUGGUCUUCCACCAGAAAGAGAAGAUGAAUAAGUGCAUCAAGUUCUUCAUGGGAGAUUUAUAGUUGUUUAUGAAAAACUUGUGUAGUAUCUAUCAACUAUCAACUUGAUGUAUGUUCUAUAUGAUUUAAGUCAUGUAUUUAGUGAUGAACAUUAAUCUUUGUUUUUUUUAGUGUUUUAUGUUGGGAAUAAGCUGUAAUUUUUCGUCUUAUUCAAAAAGGUGGGACAAUGAUUUUUUGUUUGUGCAAAAGACUUGAUUUAUCUUC